AUGCUAAAGCCUAUCCUCCGCGAACUAGGCCUCAUAUCCCUCUACAACUCCCCCUGGGACACAAAACUGCUCUGCGCCCAACGCUUCGUGCGCCUGUUUGCCUAUGGCGGUUCCACGCUCAUCCUCGCCUCGUAUCUGUCGUCAUUGGACAUUUCCGAUGACCGAAUUGGAUUGUUCAUGACGCUUACGCUGGUGGGUGAUGUGUUUAUCAGUUUCUUUCUUACGUUGUUUGCGGACCGGCUUGGCAGAAAAGCGGUGUUGUUACUGGGGUCGGCGAUGAUGUGUGGGAGUGGUGUUGCGUUUGCCUUGAGUGGGAAUUAUUGGGUUUUGUUGCUUGCGGCGGUUUUGGGGGUUAUUAGUCCUGGAGGAAAUGAAAUAGGUCCCUUCCGCGCCGUCGAAGAAUCGACUAUAGCCCAUAUUACAGCCAAAGAGCAUAUGAGUGAUAUCUAUGCCUGGUACUCGCUAAUUGGAACUGCGGGCACAGCGCUGGGAAUGAUGGUGUGCGGAUGGGUCAUGACGUUAUUGCAGGAGACCAAGCAAUGGGAUUUUGUACCUGCGUGUCGCGUUGUGUUUAUCAUGUAUGCGGGAGUUGGUGCGACCAAGUUUUUGCUCACGAUGGGAUUGAGUAAGAGUGUUGAGGUUCAGAAGAAGAAGGAAGACAACGCAGCCACUGCUCCGAGUGAGACGGAUCCAUUGUUGGGAUCUAAUGGUCAAGAAACCGAAGAAAGCGUCGUCCCACCGAAACAAAAGAAACUCUUCUUCCUGCCCGGUGUCGAGGCUGAGCUCGUCGGCCUAGUGACCAGUCUCUUACUCCUGUUCGGCCUGGACUCGUUCGGUUCAUCGCUCGCUUCAUUAUCAUGGAUAACAUACUACUUCCGCCGCAAAUUUGGCAUGUCGGACGGCGAGCUCGGCUCCCUCUUUUCUAUCACCAGCGUCAUCCAAGCAAUCUCUAUGCUGCUCGCCUCCUCCAUCGCAAAACGGUUCGGCAACGUGCGCACCAUGGUCUUUACGCAUUUACCGUCAUGCAUCUUUCUAGCCACAAUGUCCCUCCCGAAUUCUCUGCCUCUGGCAAUGACCCUGCUGAUUGGUAGAGCGUGUACACAAAACAUGGACGUUGCGCCUCGAUCGGCGUUUUUGGCUGAAGCGUUACCUGCGGAUCAGCGGACGGCGAUUAUGGGGACAAUUAAUGUGGUCAAGACGACUGCGUCGAGUCUUGCACCAUUGUUGACCGGUAUUUUGUCUUCGAGUGGCAAGUUGUGGAUUUCGUUUGUGAUUGCGGGUUGUAUGAAGAUUGCAUAUGAUUUGGGGAUUUUGGCUACAUUUGGAGCCAUGGAUAGAGAGCAUCGCAGAAAGGCGCGGGCUGCUGCUGCUGCUGCUGAGACGGAGGAUGAUGCUUGA